UAUUAUAUACACCAAAUAGUAUAAUAAAAUUAAUAUAAAUGUCAAAUUUCAAAAAAAUAACAAUUAAUGUUUAUACACUAAAAUCAAACAUUUUUCUUAUCUUAGAAUAAAUAUAUCUUAAAAUAAGAAAUCUAAAUAAAAAAUCUUUUGUAAAUUAAUAUAUCUAUAAAUUAAUAAAAUUUUAAAGUUCCAACAUUUUUAAUUUAAUUAUAGAGGUUCUAGUGUAGUUUAUCAUCAUCAGACAUUAACUUUAUAUUUGUUUUUCAUAAUUAAUCAUUUAAAAUUUUAAGUACUUCCGGAAUAGAACAUCAUCAUUGGUGUUUUUCCAUCCUAAUGUAUUAUGGAUCAUGUGGAAAGAUAAGAGAUUUUUUUAUUUAAUGUGGGGUAAAAAAUGGGAAACAAUGGAAGAGAGAUAGUCAAAAAUGGACCAACGGUCAAAGGCCAAACCAUCAAAUCAAAUUUUAACCGAGAACAGUUCGAGACUUUUGGUGGUCUCUGCGUUAACGAAUUAGGCCAAUGUUCUUAUCCAUCACCGUCCUUGCCAAUUUACCAGUUCCAUAUUAACACGCAUGCAGAUGGCUUCCAAUAAUGAUCGUGGUUGGUCUGUUUUUUUCUCUGCGAUAAAUAUGGUAAAUGCAUUUUUUUAAAUCAAGUUUCAUAGACGUGUCGUAUAAAGUGACGCGGCACAGGUGCAUUUACGAUACAAACAUUGUUGAUUAAUUUUAUCACUACUAGUGUCGAAGAAAGUUAUAUAAAUCAAUUUGCUAAGUUCAUCUACCAUUUAAAUCGCUUGACUGCAUAUCACCGUAUAUACUAAAUGGAACCAACCAACCUUUUUUUUUUUUUGCAAGUUUGUCUCUGCCAUGCCAACAUUCAGAAUCUAUCAAAUUAAUGUAUAUUUUUGUUAUCAAUCGGUCAACGCUUUGAAAUGAAAAACUGUAUAUAUGGUAUAUAUAUAUAUAUAUACGGCUGAAAUUUACUUUGAAGGAAAAAUGAUGAUUUUCUCUGGAAUAGAUCUUCAUAUGUAAAUUCUUUUAAUACUGUAUUACAUUCUCUAACUAAAAAUGUUAAUGUUGACUUUUCAAAUAUUUGAUAUCGCUGUGAUAUAUCCAUUUUUGAAGGACACUAGAUUAUUUGGCAUUUUUAAAACCACAUGCAUGUAUGUUUCUGCAUCAUGGUAUUGAUUGAGUUUCACAGAUAUAUAUUCGUAUUAUCGUAUACCAAGCCAAAAAUACAGUUGCCAAAGAUCUUGUCUUAGUUCUAUUUUUCUUGCAACUAAUUAUAUACGUGACUAUUAAUGCGACUAAAAUAUGGAUUGAUCAGGGCGGGUAGUUAGCAAGUUAUAUAAGUAUUAAUUUUUGUCAUUUUUACAUUAUUCAUCUGCUCUCCGUAUUCGCUUGAGUUGGGAUUUGAAACCGUAUUGAUAAAACGCGUAUGUGAAUAUACAUAAGAGUUAUUAUUGCCACGAUUUCAUGUAUGCGUAACUAAGCUUGAAGAUUACCGAGAAAUUUAAGUUAAGAUUUUGUUUUGUAGUUUUCUUUUUCCAGUAUCCAAACUCUUUAAUUAUAAAAAAAUAUAUUUAUAAAUAGUAAGUUUACUAAUAACCUGGAUCUUAUUUGUAACCCCUAAAAUGAGAAAUGAUAUGGUCGUUUUAUUAUCAAUAGAUUUUUUCUAUAAUGGUCUUAUCCCCCUUUCUUCAUUUGGGUUUGAAUAUAAUAAAAACAUUUUGUGAGAAAUAGUUAUUUUUGACAAUGAACAUGCACAUUAAAUGAAAAAUAAGUGGUGGAUGGUGUCUUUAAAUUAAUUCAGCAUUUUGUCUUAACUUUCUUCUUUUGUUUUUUAAUCACAGAAACAUUUGACAAGCAUGGUGGAGAAAGCCUCCAUUGAAGACGUGAUGAAAGUGCUAAUAGCUUCAAGAAAGCAUGACAUGCAUCAAUUGUGGACCACUUGCUCUUACCUACUCACCAAAUCAGGUCUUCCAACAGAGAUUCUAGCCAAACACCUCCCAAUAGAACUCGUAGCCAAGGUUGAAGAUCUUCGUCUCAAAUCUUCCAUGCCUCACCAACAUGACCUAACCUCGGCUCUAGACCUAGACGACCAGAAGAUCAGGAGGAUGAGACGAGCACUGGACUCCUCAGAUGUCGAGCUCGUGAAGCUAAUGGUUAUGGGAGAAGGACUCAAUCUAGACGAGUCACUAGCUUUGGUUUACGCAGUGGAGAAUUGUAGUAGAGAGGUUGUGAAGGCACUUCUUGAGAUUGGUGCAACUGAUGUGAACUUUCAAGUGGGUCCAACCAGGAAAACCGCACUCCACAUCGCGGCCGAGAUGGUCUCUCCGGACAUGGUGGCCGUCUUACUAGACCACCAUGCCGACCCAAACGUCCAGACAGUUGAUGGUAUCACUCCACUUGACAUCCUUAGAACCCUAACGUCAAAUUUCUUGUUUAAGGGGACAAUUCAUGGAUUGACUCACACUGAACCUAAUAAGCUUAGGCUUUGUCUUGAGCUGGUCCAGUCCGCAGCAUUGGUGAUUUCACGAGAAGAAGGGAACAAUAAUGAUAAUAACAUGAAAGAAGAACACACGAGCGGAAGUAGUUUGGAUUCAAGAUUGGUUUAUCUUAAUCUUGGAGCUACUAAUCGGGAUCUUGGAGAUGGACAUGGACAUCAAAUGGAAGGAAUGAGCCUGCAUCAUCAUCAUGACCCAUCAACGAUGUAUCAUUACCACCACCACCGCCACUUCUAGGUUUUAGAGCCGAUCAUCUUCUAAUUAUGAUACGACAUAUUCAAUACCUAAUUAAUUUGUUGGUAUAUGAGGUUUUAUCUCUGUCUACGUGGAUAUGCAAACAAAUACUAGCGGUAAGGCCUCGCUCGCUGCAUCCAUAUCGAUCUGCUCAAAGUUUAGUUGUGAGCAUAACAAUGAUAAAAACAAAGUUUAUUAGAUCAACAUCAUUCAAAUUCUCUAUUUUUUUACAUUAUAAUUUCUUUCUCUUGGGGGUUUCAUGCCUGUGAUGAAGGAGUUUUAAACAUAACCAGAAGUGAGGAUCCAAAAACGAAUAUCAUGCUUUUUUUGUCUGUGAUCAUAGGGCAUCUCCAACAAUAAUACCAAAUUUGAUAUUGAAAUUACAUCAAAUUUGGUGUUUUGGUGUCAUAAUUUUUUGUCAUCUCCAAUCAUAGCACCAAAAGUAAUAUUAUAUAUUAUUUGAUGUUUCGGUUUUAAUAACUUUUAUAUUUUUGUUAUUUGUAAUUGAUAAAUAAUUAUUUUAUCACACUUAGAUAUUAUGUUUGUUAUUUUUUUUGUAAUUUUCUGUUUAUAAAUUUAUUUACAUUUAUAUUUUUUGGGUUAACAAUAUUAUACUUUUAUGUAUUUGUUUUAUAUAAAAUAUUAUAUUAUAAAAUACAAACUAUUAAUUAUGAAAAGCACAUAACAAAAUAAUAUAUUAUUUUAUGUUUUGAGUGUUUAUUUCAAAUUUUAUAUUCAUUCUAAUCUUAAUCAGCUAAUAUUAUUAAAUUUUAUAUUGUAUAAAAUACUAACUAAAAUUUUAUAUUAUUGAAAUAAAAUAUGAAAGUUCUAUGAUAUUUUAUUUUUUUCAAUAUAAAGUAAAUGAUAAUAAUUAUUUAGUGAUUUUUACUUGAAUAUAAAAUAAAUAUAU